AUGGCCACUAAGUCAUUCCUGAAGAGCAAUCUAGAUCAGUAUGAACAUGAAAGGAUUGAACAUACUCCAUGGGUUGAGAAGUAUCGUCCAAAAAAGUUAGAUGAUAUUGCGUCACAAGAACAUGCUGUCAAGAUUUUGAAGAAACAAGUCGGGACUUCAAAUUUACCUCAUAUGUUAUUCUAUGGACCUCCAGGUACGGGUAAAACGUCGACUAUUUUAGCAUUAGCAAAGCAAUUAUAUGGUCCUAACUUAUAUAAGUCAAGAGUACUAGAGUUAAAUGCUUCGGACGAGAGAGGUAUAUCAAUUGUGAGACAAAAAAUAAAGAACUUUGCUAGAUUGACAGUUUCAAACGCUAGUAAGGAGGAUUUGGAUAAUUAUCCCUGUCCACCUUAUAAGAUAAUUAUUUUAGAUGAAGCGGAUUCGAUGACAACUGAUGCGCAGUCGGCCCUUAGACGAACUAUGGAAACUUAUUCAGGUGUCACUAGGUUUUGUUUAAUAUGCAACUAUAUAACAAGAAUCAUUGAUCCAGUGGCUUCUAGAUGCUCGAAAUUUCGGUUUAAGCCUUUGAACAACGAAAAUGCUUUAAGCAGAUUAAAGCAUAUAGUAAAUGAAGAAAAUAUUCGGUUGAGAAGUGAUCAAAACGUUUUGGAAGAAGUUUUAAUAAUCUCUAACGGAGACCUAAGAAAAGCUAUAACGUUUUUGCAAAGUGCAACAAAGCUACAUAAUUCUCUCAAUACUUCGCAUGACGACAUAAAUGAACAAUCAAAUGAUAAGGGUGUGUCUAUCGAGUCUAUUCAUGACAUAGCCGGUGUCGUUUCUCCGCAUGUGCUUGAUCAUCUAGUUCUGUCGAUAGAAUCAAAAAAUCGUCUAGAUACUGUGGCCGAGGUUAAUGAGACUGUAUUACAGGGUUGGAGUGCUCAGCAAAUAUUGAGUCAAUUGCAUGAUCGAUUUAUUUUAAAUGACAAUCUCAAUUCUGAAACGAAGAAUAAAAUAGCUAAGAUUCUAUUUGAUCUGGAUAGAAAAUUAACUAAUGGGACAGAUGAACAAAUUCAACUACUCAAUUUUUGUUUGCAGGUAUCUAAUGUCCAUGACUGA